UGAUGAAAAGCCUCUCAGGAAGAGGGAGGGUUUUACUCUGUGGUUCUGACAGAACCUGAUGAAAACAGUCAGAUCUGAAAGAGCCGCCAUGAAGGAAACAUCUGUCCUGAUUCUGCUCAUUUUGACCUCAAUGCUGAGCAGAGCAAAAAUACAAGCCGUUCAUCUGACUGUGAGUCCCAGCAGAUCUCAGUUCUUUGAAGAAGAAUCAGUGACUCUGAUCUGUGAGGAUGAAAACAGAUCUGAUGGAUGGACUGUGAGGAGAAACACAACCAGAGUAACCAGGAAGAGAUGUGGAGAUGGAUGGGGGAAAUUAAACGGUUCUACCUGCAGCCUGACCUUCCUCCUCCCAUUAGACACUGGUGUGUACUGGUGUGAGUCCAGGUCUGGAUCCUCCAGCAGCAGCAGCAUCCAGCUCUCUGUCUCUGGUGGAUCAGUGAUCCUGCAGAGUCCUGUCCUCCCUGUGAUGGAGGGAGAUGACGUCACUCUGAGCUGCAGAGCAAGGAAUCCAACCCACAACCUCCCAGCUGCUUUCUAUAAAGAUGGCUCCUUCAUUGGUGAUGGAUCAUCAGGUCACAUGACCCUCCUCCAUGUUUCCAGCUCUGAUGAAGGCCUCUAUAAAUGUAACAUCAGAGGUCAUGGAGAGUCUCCAUCCAGCAGGAUCUCUGUCAAAGUUCAUCUGACUGUGAAUCCCAGCAGAUCUCAGUUCUUCAGAGGAGAAUCAGUCAUUCUGAUCUGUGAGGAUGAAAACAGAUCUGAUGGAUGGACUGUGAGGAGAAACACAAGCAGAGGAACCAGGACUGAGUGUAAAGAUGGAUGGGGGAAAUUAAAUGGUUCUGUUUGCAAUAUGAACUACGUGCAGCCAUCAGAUACUGGUGUGUACUGGUGUGAGUCCAGGUCUGGAUCCUCCAGCAGCAGCAGCAGCAGCAGCAGCAGCAGCAGCAGCAGCAGCAGCAGCAGCAGCAGCAUCCAGCUCUCUGUCUCUGGUGGAUCAGUGAUCCUGCAGAGUCCUGUCCUCCCUGUGAUGGAGGGAGAUGACGUCACUCUGAGCUGCAGAGCAAGGAAUCCAACCCACAACCUCCCAGCUGCUUUCUAUAAAGAUGGCUCCUUCAUCGGCAACGAGUCAUCAGGUCACAUGACCCUCAACUCAGUGAAGAAAUCUGAUGAAGGCCUCUAUAAAUGUAACAUCAGAGAUCAUGGAGAGUCUCCAUCCAGCAGGAUCUCUGUCAAAGACAGAAUCUCCUCCACUCCUCUAUCCAUCACCUCCAUCCCUCCAUCCUCUUCUCCUCCUGGUUCAUCUUUUCCCACCAUCACAGUCGUUGUUUCCAUUUUUAUUUUUAUCUUCCUGGUUUUUCUCUCAUUAAUUCUUCUGGUUCUUCUGGUGAGACGAUGUUCCUGCAGGAAACAUGAAGAUGAAGGAAAAGAUGAAAAGGAAAUCACCUACAGUGAACUGAAGACCUUCAGGAAUCAGCAGCAGCCAAUCAGAAGCAGUCCAGAUCCAGCUCUGGUUUACUCUACAGUGAGAACUGGGAACCUCAGAGAGACUGGAAACCAGCAGAGGAGCAGAGAGAUCCAUCCGGGUCCAGUUUACUCUGCAGUGAGGACAGCAAACAUCAGACCCAACAGAACCAGAGAACCAGAACCAGAACCAGACGUGGUUUACUCUGCAGUCAGACCGGCUGCUGGUCCAUAACGGAUCAUCAACAUCAGGCUGUUUGUUCUGUCAAGUAUUUCUAUAAGAGACGAAUAUUAAUGUGUUAUUAUUAUUAAAACAUAUUGUAACUUUAUAGUCAUUUCAUAAACAAACAGCUAAGAGACAAAAACAUUUCAGUUGAUUUGACAGGAUUUAUUUUCUUAUGGUUCAUAAAUAUAAUUACUAAUAAAACUGAAAUAUUGAG